AUACCCGUGCUAUCAGAUCACAUGAGACACGUAAUGCUCACCCAUAUCAUGCAUAUAUAAAUCUUAAAUGGUAGUUUAACGGGCACCAGGGCUUCAGAGCAGCUUUUGUCAACCAAAUUCUCCCCAUCGACUCAGAGAUUGUCGUUGCACAAUCAAAGCACAGCUUCAACCAUGGCUGCUGCUAGUGCUGCUGCAGCUCCUGAAGAUUUGAAAAAGAAGACCCAGUCACUGGAAGAACAGGUCUUCAUCAUAGACAUGAUGAAAGGCACAUUUGAAGACUAUCUUGCACCAUCGGCUAUCAUCGAUGACAUUUCUUUACCAGAAGCCAUAAAAGAAGAAAUUGAAGGUUUGGAAAAUAAUGGAAAGAGGCCCAAAGCUGCAAAAAAGUUGGUGAAGGCAAUUUUGAAGGAGCCUGAGGAACGUGUGCCAUUAUUUCUAGCUGCACUGAGACCUGCUGGUUUUCAGCACUUUCUCAAUGUUCUUGAUGAUCGGCCUGGAAAUACAGACAUGGAUAAAGCUUCUGAAAAGUAUGAGCUCUUGCUGAAAUUACUGCAAGGGGAUUUGGUACACAAAAUAAUUCCAUCAGAUAUAGUUAGUAACCUCAUUCCAUUAUUCAACAGUGGCGAUGAUGAAGAGAUUCUUGCGAUAGAGGUAAGGAGAGGUCCAGAACAUGCAUGUCGUCACAUGUUUCGUUGUAUGGCAAGGAAAGACCCACACUGGCCGAUAAUAUUUAUGGAUGCUUUGAAUACACAGAACCCAAGACUGUGUGCCAAGCUAGACCCAGAUAGAUAUGAUGACAACAAUGAGUCUGGUGGUGAGGACGAUGACGAUGACAAUGAUGAUGAUGACAAUGAUGAAGACGAUUCCUCGACAACCACUGGAGCAAGAAGCCUCAUGUCAUCUGUUUCUCAAACUAGUCCUAAAGAUAUUGAUGUUACCCCUGUGGAGAUGUCACGAGCGGAACGGUUGCAAAACCUGCAGAGUAUGCUAGAUCCUGCCUCAGAUGUUGCAAGUCAGCCACAAACUCAUGACAGCAUGACCCCAGAGUUCUCUGAUGAAGAGUAUCAAGAUGAUAAAGAGGAAGAGAAAGGCUCUGCAGAUACAGCCAAUGGAGAUCUACUUGAUCUCAGCCUCCGCAGAUACCAGUUAGAACUGGCUGAGAAUGCAGUAAAACAACGUAACACCAUCAUUUGUGCCCCGACUGGUUCAGGCAAGACUCGAGUUGCACUCUACAUUGUCAAAGAUCACCUUGAAAAGCAAGCUGAAGUAGAGACUGAUGGGGUGAAGAAGGUAGUGUUCCUUGCACGGACUGUUCCUUUGGUAAAUCAGCAGUAUAAUACCUUCCAAAGAUUCCUUAGUCAGGGCUACAGGAUAUUCAAGCUGAGUGGUGAGGAUGAGAGCAGCAUGUACCUCCACCAGUUACUGGACCUGUACGACAUCAUUGUGAUGACACCACAGAUUCUGGAGAACCAGCUGAAGGAUGCCAAGAUCAAGUCACUGUCUGUGUUUAGCCUUAUUGUGUUGGAUGAGUGCCAUCACACACGGAAAGGGGAGCCAUACAACAAGCUCAUGCUCAGAUAUCUCAAGCAGAAAAGCAAGCAGAAAUCAAAACGUCUACCUCAGAUUGUAGGCCUGACAGCUUCACUGGGUGUAGAGAAGGCGACGGUUGAUGAGGAGGCCAUUGACAAUAUCCUGAAACUAUGUGCCAACAUGGAUGCCCCUUAUCUCUCCACAGUACAGACACACAUAGAUGAACUCAGAGAAAAGGUCCCAGUGCCAGAUGAAAAGACCUAUCAGUUGACUGAGGACCGACAAGACCCAGCACGAAAAGAGUUGGAGAAGGCCAUGGAAAAGAUAGAGGACCUUAUGAUUGAAACUAAUGAUCUCAAUGAUAAAGCAAUUGACAACCUGCUAAUGAAGCGUCCCAGCAACCGGAACAGCCAGCCAUACGGCCAGUGGGCUGUCCAGAUGAAGAAUGAGUCAAGACUUGUUCAGACUGGCCGCAGAGAUGGCCUGUUUUCUGUAGAUGUUGACCCAAAGAGAGCUGAAAUGGCCAGGAGCAUAUUUGUCAUGGCAGACCAUAUCUUUAAAUACAAUGCAGCUCUAGAAAUCCAUGAUAUUGUAAGGAUCAAGGAUGUGGUGGAUUACCUACAGAAGGAAUUCAGCCAUGGUUGCUAUAGCAACCAGUUACCUGGGGGGUGGCAGUGUGCAUGUACCUUGUGUUUGAAAAAGAAACUGAUCCGUUAUGAACAAAAAAGGAAAGAUGACCCCAAGUUUGACAACCCCAAUUUGAAAGUGUUAGCCAAAACACUGACAGAUCUGCUGGAGGCAAAAGGCAGUGACUCCAGAGCCAUCAUAUUUGUGAGAACCCGGGCCACCUGCUACGCUCUGACCAACUGGCUCAAUGAAGACGAAAGGAUUGACCCCCAGCUGAAAGAUCUUAAAGCCAUGGCCUUCACCGGAGCUGGAGCAAACGAGGAGGAAGGAGGCAUGACACAGAAUGAACAAGACAAAGUGAUUGCCAAGUUCAAGAGUGGUCAAGUCAAGUUGAUUGUCGCCACAUCAGUGGCAGAGGAAGGACUGGAUAUCCCAGAAUGCAACAUUGUCCUGAAGUACAACCAUGUUGGCAAUGAAAUCACAACUCUCCAGACCCGAGGACGAAGCAGGAAGGCAGGAGGCACCUCUGUUCUACUGGGUAGCAGCAAGGUCCAGCAGAAGGAGAUGCUGAACACUGCUCGGGCAAGCAUGAUGCAACGGGCCAUUACUGCCAUCAGAGGAAUGCCAAAUGAUCGAGUCCAAAAGCGGAUCUGCAAUAUUCAGGCUGAAACUCUUGCCAAAGAGGCAAUAAAAGAGGAGGUUCGACGCCACCAGACCAGACAGAAGCUGGAUGUAAAAUUCACACUGAUGUGCGCUUGCUGCAGAAAGCUGUGUGCGCACAGUAAAGAUCUCAGGAUUAUUAAUGGGAACCAACAUGUUGUCAUUGAACAUGCCUUUGAAGAUCGAAUCAACACCCAUCAGUUUAGGGACCAGAAGAAACCAUUUGAUGGAAUAACAAUGACAGGCAGCAUGCAAUGUCGGAACUGCCACAAGCCAUGGGGGGUGAAGUUCAUCUACCAGGGUGUGGUUUUUCCCUCCCUGGGGAUCAAGUACUUCAUCGUUAUAAAUGAGCACACAAAACAACCACAGUACUACAAGAAAUGGUUGGAGCUUCCCUAUGCCAUCAAGGCCAUUACACCAGACGAUUUCAAGACACUUUUGAGAGCGGAAGAUAUUUCUAGCUCUGAUGAUGAAGAUGAUGAAUUUGAUCUGCUUUGAAACUGUUGAGAUCAACAGUAAAUAUAAUUCACUUUGUCCACUACACAGAAUUUGUUGGUUGUUCAAUGACAGACUCAUCCAUGUUAUAGCUGCUGGUAUGUGGACUGUGAAUAAUAUAUCUACUCCAUGUUUGUUGUUUGGUGUUGGUAACUGGUUUGCUGAAAUUGAGCAUUUUGUCAGAUAGGCUGUUCGUUGAUGUAUUAUCAUGUUCUGGGGGUUAGCUUGGCCAGGUGGAACAGAACACUUGUACAAUAUACAGAUAUAUUUACAUAAACCUCAUACAGGUAGCUAACAAAUAUGUACAACAAUGGUGAACAAAACAUAGAUUUCCCAGGGACAGGGCAAGUCUGUAGACAGUUUAUACUAACCUACAUCUCUACUUGCUAUAUCAUUGGUUUGGGGAAGUUGGCCAAUCUCAACACGGUUAGGUUGUGUGAACCAACCAUAUCUGGGAUUAACUUAUGAAGUUUUCAACUAUUUGCAACUUUAAGGUGCUGUCUAGGCUAAGUGUAUCAGGGAAAUAAGUGAUGUUGACAGUGUUAUUUUAGGAUAAUGGUUAAUAGGUGGAUUAUAGGGAUUAGGUAUAUAUAUUUUUGUUUUGUAUUGUUCACAAUGAAAUUAAAUGCUCCGAAGUCAUAGCUUAUGUGUCCUUUAGAUCAAACAUUGUACCUGGUAUUUAGAAAAUACAUGGUUUCAAUAGAAUGUUUUGAUUGAAUGCUUUGGUUUAUGUGGCAAAGUACAUGUGGUUUGAUGUAAAGGUGAUUUAAAACACUGCAAUGCUAUUUCAUGUUGAUUAUGUAAAUACUUUAUAGAAUAAUGUAAUUUUAAUUAAUAACUAUCAUAAAACACAUUCUAACAUUUUAAGCAUCAUGU